AUGGCACCUUUCUGCACUUCGCCCUUGUGGGACUGGAACUAUACGUGGUACUCGAAGUACCCGAGGCUGACAUCAUGCUUCGAGUCUACUGUGCUCACCUACACGCCGGCAAUUCUCCUAAUGCCAUUCGGUCUCCUCCAGUUGCUCGUGCAAAGGCGGAAGGAACAGUCCCUGUAUCGUCAACCAUUCUCCUGGACUCCUUUAAGCCUGUCCAGGUUCAUCGCAAGUGUUCUGUUGACCUUCACCUACGCCUUAUCACUCAUGUACAAGCUGACACUUGGAGAAUCAUCGGGGUCAUCGGUGACUGCGGACCUUGUGUAUUGCGUGACAUUUGCCAUCGCCAUGCAAGUUCAGGAAAAGGAUCGAAAGAACGGAAUUGGAUCUUCGAUGCUGCUGUUUUGCUUCUGGUCGGUGACCACUGUCUGCAAGCUCCCCGAGUGCCUCCGCCACAUGACGGAAGCCUUUACGUCGGACACUAAUUUAUCUAACUUCUAUAAACUAGAGCUCGCUGUGUGGGCUUCAUCGUAUCCAAUAAUACUUUUCCAGUUGUUCCUGUCUUGCUGGACGGACGCCAGACAAGACGAAAAAAGACCAUAUCUUACCGCUCCUCCCGUGUCCUUCCUUCUCUUCGGUUGGUUGACUGAUCUCAUUCUUAAAAGAUCACAGCGCAGUUUACAGCUUGAGGAUCUUUACAGCGUUCCACAAGACAUGAUGACUCGGCAAAGCCACAGUAAGUGGAAUACAAUUUGGAUGAAAGAACUGCAUUCAGCUGGAUACGUACCAGAGGUCGGAUCCUGUGUUGUCACUGGAACGUUAACUUUAUUGCUUAGGUCACUGUGGAAAGUGUAUUGGAAGCCUGUUGUAAUUUCCUGCAUCCUCGCUACACUACGAGUGGUACUGAAAAUCAUCCCUGCACUUUUGUUACAUUUGCUGAUGGGCUACAUGAGCGGAAGCGAUCCUACGUGGAAAGGAAUUUUGUAUGCGAUCGGGAUUGUAAGUGCCAACUUUGGGUCGAGACUGCUUGGUGUCCACAUCGAGAAGACACUCACGUUUACCGGGCUAAAUAUGAAAACUGUCAUGGUGGCAGCCAUUUAUAGAAAGAUGCUUCGACUUUCCAGUGAGUCGCAGAGGGAGUACACAAUAGGCGAGUUAGUCAACCUUAUUUCUGUUGACGCGGAUCAGAUCUUGAAGCUUAGUAUUAGUUUUGGCUUUGUGGCCUCGGGAGCUCCACUCAUCGUUGUCGCAGUAAUUAUUUUGUGGCAGUUCAUUGGAGGGGCCUGCCUCGCUGGCGUUGCUGUAAUGCUCGUUAUACUUCCCCUGACGGCACUAGUGGUCAGCACUGGAAACAAGUACCAGAAAGAUCAAAUGGGGUUAAAAGACAAAAGGCUCAAUUUUGUAGCAGAGAUUUUGAGCAGCAUGAAAGUUUUGAAGCUGUUCGCUUGGGAAAAUAUCUUUACGAACAAGUGCACGUCUUUAAGGUUGGCAGAGAUGGUUCUGCUCAAGAAAUAUUCAUACAUGACUGCGCUUAAUUUCUUUCUCUUUGGUUGCUCGGCAUCUAUGGUGGCUUUAGCGAGCUUCGUGACCUUUGUCUUGAUCAGUGAUAGCCACAUUCUCGACCCAAGUACUGCGUUUGUGUCAUUGACAUUGUUUGAUUGUAUGCAGUACCCUAUGUUUUUGAUUCCAGCGUUCAUAUCCAAUGUGGUUCAGACGAGAGUUUCAAUUAUGAGGAUUCAAAGGUUUCUGCUAUCGUCUGAAGUAAAGGAAUGUUCGGUCGGUCGACAACUUAAGGAAGGCGAUGCGGUGUCCGUGAAAAAUGGAACCUUUUCUUGGUUCAGCCAUAAAACCCCGGUGUUGAACAACAUUAACGUCACCGUCAAGACCGGUCAACUAAUCGCAGUCGUCGGUCCCGUAGGCUCUGGCAAGUCGUCUUUGCUGUCUGCAAUUUUGGGAAACCUCAGAAUUUUUUCAGGAUCUGUGGAUCGUGCAGAAAGUGUGGCGUAUUCUCCUCAGUGUCCGUGGAUACAAAACAAGACUCUUAGAGAAAAUGUACUUUUUGGGAGUUUGUUUGAUGCCGAACUGUACGACAUGGUUCUAAAGGCAUGUUGUCUUGAGAGAGACCUAGAGAUACUUCCAGGUGGAGAUACGACGGAAAUUGGCGAAAGAGGAAUUAACUUAAGCGGGGGUCAAAAGCAGAGGGUCAGUUUGGCAAGAGUAGCUUACCAAAGGAGAGAACUUUAUCUCUUUGACGAUCCGCUGAGCGCAGUGGAUGCUCAUGUAGGCGCUUCCAUUUUCAAUAACCUUAUCGGACCACGAGGAAUGUUGAAAGAAACCACACGAAUCUUGGUCACCCAUAACCUUUCGGUGCUCACUGAAGUGGACUACAUUAUCGUUAUGCAGAAUGGGUCAGUAGUUGAAACAGGCACCUUUCAAGAUCUCAAACAUCAAGGAAGUAUCCUUUCGAAGUUGCUAAGGAACGUUUCUAAGAGAGUUCAUAAAUUCGCGGCCCAUGAAGACAGUUCUGUAAAAACAAGCCACGUGCCAGACAUUGAACAGGGGCCGCGGAAGAGCAAUCUUGUAGAGGAGGAGACAGUGGAGGAGGGUUCAGUCAGUCUCCAAGUAUACGGAACCUACAUAAGACACGCUGGACCUUUGUUCCUAUUCGUAAUUUUGUGUUACGCUGGAUAUAUUGCAAUCGGUCUAUUCGUUGGUAUCUGGUUGAGCGAAUGGGUUAAUGACUCAUUAUUUUCUGUCCAAAUUCAGGACCUAUCGCUGCGCAUCUACAGAAUAUGGGUUUACGUGAUCCUCGUCGUUUUCAAAGCCGUUGUGAAUUUUUUCGCUAUCUCAACGCUGUGGAAGGUAGCACUCUCAUCUUCCACAAGGCUUCACCAGCUGAUGCUCUACGGUGUCAUGAGGACAUCUUUGUCAUUUCUUGAUGUCACACCUUCUGGUCGCAUAUUGAACCGUUUUGGCAAAGAUGUUGAUCAGCUCGAUGUCCAGCUUCCGACAACAGCGCAUUUUUUUCUUAACUUUUUGUUCCUUUUUGUCUCAUCUAUUAUCCUCGUAUGCAUACAUAUUCCUAUUUACCUUCUUAUUGUCAUUCCUGUUUUGGCGUGCCUGUUGGUUUUACUUCAAAAAUACGCGGUCCAAUUUCGUCAAGUCAAAAGGUUAGAGACUGUCACCCGUUCUCCAGUCAACAAUCACUUUUCGGAAACACUUGCGGGGUUGAGCAGCAUCAGGAGUUUCGGCGUCCAGGGUGUUUUCCUUCGAGAUAAUGACGAUAAGAUUGACACUAUGCAGACUUGUACUGUAAACGGCUUUAAUUUUGAAUACUGGGCAGAAGUCUGGAUGGAGGUGGCCAAUGAAAUGCUCCUGUUUUUGAUGCUGCUGCUUCUCGUUACUAGCCGCGACAUGAUCAGCACGGGAAGAGCAGGUCUUCUAGUGUCCUACACAAAUAAUGCUCUAAAUUUGUUCACCUCUUUUAUUUUCUACUCCAAUGAACUGGAAGCAACGUUGCUGUCGGCGGAACGUUUAGAUGAGUACGCGCGAUUGACACCUGAAGAACCGUGGACGUCGACGUUAAAACCGGACCCUCACUGGCCAGCUUCGGGGGCUGUGUCCUUCAAGUCUUACUCGACUCGGUACCGGGAUGGUUUGAGUCUGGCCCUCAGGGACGUCAACGUAGACAUUAGCCCCGGUGAAAAAUUGGGGAUCGUAGGACGAACGGGUGCCGGCAAGUCAACCAUAACUCUAAGCCUUUUCCGCAUCAUCGAAGCAGCGUCUGGCAAGAUUGUUGUAGAUGGCAUUGACAUUUCUGCUUUGAGGUUACAUGACCUUCGGUCCAGAAUAACUAUUUUACCACAGGAGCCGGUUCUAUUCCAAGGCACUCUGCGGUUCAACCUUGACCCAGCUGGGCAGCAUGAUACUGCUGAGCUCUGGUGGGCACUGGACAGAUCUCACCUCGGCGAUUUCUUCAGAACAACCUAUGGUCUAGACUUUGAAGUUACAGAAGGUGGACUCAACCUCAGCGUUGGACAGCGGCAACUGGUCUGUCUUGCGAGGGCCGUGUUGAGAAAGACGAAGAUCCUUGUGCUCGAUGAAGCCACGGCGUCAGUCGACAUGAAUACUGACUUGCUCGUUCAGCAGACAUUGAGAGACGCGAUGAGUGGGUGUACAGUGUUGACCAUAGCUCAUCGUCUUCAAACCGUUUUGUCUUCAGACCGUGUUAUUGUGAUAGAUCAAGGGAGGGUUGUUGAAGUUGGCAGUCCGGCAGAACUCUUGACAGAUAUAACUUCGUCGUUCUACGCCAUGGCUCUUGAAGCGGGAGUUGUGUUUGACGGCGUCAAAGCGUAAGCGAGAGCGUCGGAAAAGAAAAUUGUUUGAAAACGUUGGGUAUGAAAGGCUUAAAACGGCAUAGUUUGAUUUUUUUUCCUCGCCUGAAGGGUUUUUCUGGCAAGUUUUGCGCAUUUCCUCGCAUUGAAUAUUAAAAAAAGACUUACAAUAUUUAAA